AACACUAGCAGGCAGUCGUCUCAAAACUGCAACAGCUGUUUUCCGUAUAGUUUGAGAAUCACUAUAGUCUUUAUUUACAAUUUGGGAAAGAAAACAAGUUGUGGCUUAUUUUCGUUUUUACUCGAAAUCUAAAGAAAACUAAUCCUUGAAAAUGGGUGAACGUAAAGGCCAAAACAAGUACUACCCGCCGGACUAUAAUCCGAAGAAGGGUGGUCUCAACAAGUUCCAGGGCACCCAUGCCCUGAGAGAACGCGCCCGGAAGAUUCACCUCGGAAUAAUCAUCAUCCGAUUUGAGAUGCCGUACAAUAUCUGGUGCGACGGUUGCAAGAACCACAUCGGUAUGGGCGUGCGCUACAAUGCUGAGAAAACCAAGGUGGGAAUGUACUAUACCACACCCAUCUUCAAGUUCCGGAUGAAGUGCCACCUGUGCGAUAAUCACUUCGAGAUCCAGACGGAUCCCGGCAACUUGGACUAUGUCAUUCUAUCCGGAGCUCGACGUCAGGAAAAUCGAUGGGAUCCUCUGCAAAACGAGCAGGUUGUGCCCGAAACUAAAGAGGUGCAGAAGCGGCUGUUUGACGACGCCAUGUACAAGCUGGAGCACCAGGCCAAGGAUGCCCAGGUUGCUGCCGACUCCAAGCCGGUGCUGCAGAAGCUCGUGGAGCGCAAUAUGAGCGUGUGGGACGACAGCUACGAGGCUAACUGCCGCUUACGGGCCGAAUUCCGGCAACAGAAGCAAGAGAUCAAGGGCCAGCAGGAUCUGGAUCGCCAACUGCUGGCCAAAAGCAGUCUAGACAUUCAACUUCUUCCGGAAACCGCACAGGACCGGGAGAUGGCCGCUCUCAUGAAGCUACAGACAAAGUCGGCGUUGGAAAGGGAAUCAGAGCAGCGGCUGGAGCUGCUCAUGCGGCCAGCGCUGCCAGGAGCCACGGCCACCACCUUUGGCGGCCUUAAGCGCCAAAAAGCGCUGAACAAUCACCUUCAGUUGGAAGAUUUGGGAAUACGGCGUAAAAAACUGAAAGAACCACAGACCGAAGCAUCCUCAGCCGAAGUGAAAUCCCAAAGCUUAGUAGGAGACUAUUCCUCGUCCUCAGAAGAGUCGUAGUUUUUAAUGGAAGACUUUGCUCCUAAUCCUUUUCCGUCAGAAGAAUCGUAUUUGAAUUCGCCAUAGAUUUAUUUAUUUUUUAGACAAUAAAUUAAGUAUAACAAUCAA